AGUUCCCCACCCCCGCCUCCGUCGGCACCUCCCCCAAAUCGAAGCGAGUCUCAGGCCUAAAACCCUAGGUAAGCCCCCGGCACAGCCCCGCCUCGCCGCCGCACCGGAUCUCGCCGCCGUCGCCGUCGCCGACGCCGACGCCAUGGACAUGGCAGCGAUGAACGACCCGGAGAGGCUCUUCUUCUUCGACCUCGCCUGCAAGACCGCCAAGUCCACCUACGACGAGAACCCACUCGACGCCGACAACCUGACGCGAUGGGGCGGCGCGCUGCUGGAGCUGUCGCAGAUGCAUAACGGCCCCGAGAGCCUCAAGUGCCUCGAAGAUGCGGAGUCUAAGCUGGAUGAAGCACUGAGAAUUGAUCCCAACAAGGCUGAUGCACUCUGGUGCUUGGGGAAUGCCUUGACCUCUCGUGGAUUCUUCACUUCGGAAACCGUCCAGGCUAAUGAAUGCUUUGAAAAAGCAACUGGUUGUUUCCAGAGGGCUGUUGAUGUGGAACCAGCAAAUGAGUUGUACAGGAAGUCAUUGGAUUUGUCAUCAAAGGCACCUGAACUGCAUAUGGAGAUCCAUAGGCAAAUCGCAUCUCAAGCCUCACAAGGAGCACCCUCGUCCUCAAAUGCAAGGCAAUCAAGGAAAAAGAAGAAGGACAAUGACUUCUGGUAUGAUCUGGCUGGAUGGGGGAUUCUUCUCGUUGGCAUCGGUGUUUGGAUAGGAGUGGCCAACAGUCAAGCCAAGGAGGCACAGCCACCUCACAUGUCACAGCCUAACAUGUGAUUCAAGACGAGACUUGGAAAAAAGGAAACCUGCAAAUGGCAUGCCUAUGUUAGGACUUAGCAAAAGUUAUGGAGAGGAAAUGGUGUUUCCAUGUUGCGGUUUUUUGUGGAAUUUUUCGACAUGCGGCGGUCUUGACGAGGUUUGUCUUGUCAAAGGACUUGGGCGCUGGCUUCUUACGUGCUUCUCUUAUUAUUAGCAGGAACCAUUACUGUGUUUUUGUAUGCUCUUUUCACAUGUCUACAUAAUAUUGGGUACUUUGGAUGUGCCUUUGUGCGGCAUAUACUGCUUUCCGUGAGCAUUCUUUUUGUUUGCCAAUAAUUGUAAACGACGUUUGGCGUGCUCAUCUCACACUCUUGAA